CACACACACACACACAUACAUACAGACACAUGUAUACACACACAGGCAUAUACAUACACACAGACACAUGUACACACACACAGACACAUGUACACACACACACACACACAUGUACAUACACACAGACACACACAGAUACAUGUACAUACACACACCGACACAUGUACACACACGCACAGAGACACGUACAGACACGCAUACACACAGAUACAUGUACAUACACACACAGACACAUGUACACACACACACGUAUACACACACAGGCACGUACAUACACACGCACAGACACAUGUACAUACACGCAGACACAUGUACAGAUACACACAUGUACAUAC